GCCCGCCCCGCCCGGCACCCGCCCCGCCGCCGCCCGCGCCCGCGCCGUCCGCGCCCGACAACAACAACCCCGAGAGCCCCAACUGGCAGUCCUUCCACCCGACGCUGCGCGAGAGGAACGCGCUGAUGUUCAACAACGAGCUGAUGGCCGACGUCCACUUCGUCGUGGGGGCCCAGGGGGCGGCCCGGCGCGUGCCAGCCCACAAGGUGGGUAGGGCGCAGCCGGGUCCUCUGGCGGGCCCGGCCAGACCCGGCUCUCCAGCCUCUGCGCCCGCGGCUCAGGUGAUGCUUUUUUAUCCACAGUACGUCCUGGCUGUCGGCAGCUCGGUCUUCUAUGCCAUGUUCUACGGGGACCUUGCAGAAGUCAAGUCAGAAAUCCACAUCCCGGACGUGGAGCCUGCCGCCUUCCUGGUCCUUUUAAAGUACAUGUACAGCGACGAGAUCGACCUGGAGGCGGACACGGUGCUCGCCACCCUGUAUGCUGCUAAGAAGUACAUUGUGCCUGCGCUGGCGAAGGCCUGCGUCACCUUUCUGGAGACGAGUCUGGAAGCCAAAAACGCCUGCGUCUUGCUGUCCCAGAGCCGGCUGUUUGAGGAGCCUGAGCUGACCCAGCGCUGCUGGGAGGUCAUCGAUGCACAGGCCGAGAUGGCCCUGCGGUCUGAAGGUUUCUGUGAAAUCGACCGGCAGACGCUGGAGAUCAUUGUGACCAGAGAGGCCCUCAACACCAAGGAGGCAGUGGUCUUCGAGGCCGUCCUGAACUGGGCUGGGGCAGAGUGCAAGAGACAGGGCCUCCCAGUCACCCCGCACAACAAGAGGCAUGUUCUGGGAAGAGCCCUCUAUCUGGUCCGAAUUCCAACCAUGACCCUGGAAGAGUUUGCCAAUGGUGCUGCCCAGUCAGACAUCCUGACCUUGGAGGAGACCCACAACAUCUUCCUGUGGUAUACUGCUGCCAAAAAGCCCCUCCUCGACUUCCCCCUGACCAAGAGGAAGGGUCUUGCACCGCAGAGGUGCCACCGCUUCCAGUCUUCGGCUUACCGAAGCAAUCAGUGGCGGUACCGUGGGCGCUGUGACAGCAUCCAGUUUGCAGUGGACAGAAGGGUGUUUAUUGCCGGGCUGGGAUUGUACGGGUCCAGCUCUGGGAAGGCUGAGUACACUGUGAAGAUUGAACUCAAGCGGCUAGGGAUGGUCCUGGCGCAGAACCUGACCAAGUUUGUGUCUGAUGGCUCCAGCAACACUUUCCCAGUCUGGUUUGAGCACCCAGUCCAGGUGGAACAGGACACCUUCUACACUGCCAGUGCGGUCCUGGAUGGCAGUGAGCUCAGCUACUUUGGGCAGGAGGGAAUGACAGAAGUGCAGUGUGGAAAGGUGGCCUUCCAGUUCCAGUGCUCUUCAGACAGCACCAAUGGAACUGGGGUCCAGGGUGGACAGAUUCCAGAGCUCAUCUUCUAUGCCUGAGGGGUAGGGGUAGGGGUGGGCUUGCCACCAGGCCCAUCCUGCACAGAGGCCGCCCAGUAAGUGCAGAGGAGGUGCAGGACACAGCCGACUGCCUUACUGAUGCUAUUAAAGGCUUAGCUGUGCCAGCCCAAGUCUGAAACAGGUGACUUCUCUUCAUAGCCAGAGCCUAGGAGCUGAGGGGCAGGUAUCGGUACCCCUGAGCAAGGUACCCAGGGUAGUCCCAGGUCCCUGCCCAUUGGCACUCAAUCUUUGGGCCCUUCAAUUUUCCUCCCAAUCUUCUGGAUUCUAAGUCUCUCCAAGCUUACCUUGAGGCCUUCCCUUCAAACCCCAGUUGCUGAAAAGUCACUUAAAGUAGUUCCACCCUAUUUAAGUGGAUUUUCGUAAUAAAGGUUUCACAGAACAAAAAAGCUAUAUGUAAAUAAGUGACUACAGGAAUUAACUGGGGCAAAAAGCCCCUCAAGGUCCUACUGCAGGGGUCAGAUCUGAGGAGUGGGCUGUCAGUAAAACAGGAUCCCUAGGCCCAGGCCUCUAUCCUCCCUUGUAGUUAGUUGUUCUGUCCUAGAAAACCACCUGACCUCCAAAAGGAAGAACAGUCUGCUGGCAGUGGCCUCUGGAGAGAGAACGUCAGCCCUGGCCCAAUAUGCCCAGCCCAAGAGGCCCUGUUGGGUCUAUACUCAACUCCGGCCCCAGGUGGUACCUCUGCCAUGAGCUGAAACAGAGACAUGGUCAAGAGACCAUGAGCAGGCACAAAAGCUCUCUCCUUAGACAUGGGAAGGGCCGUGGCUAGACAGCACCUUCUGGAGCUCCCCUCAGUUCUUUGUGAGGAGCCCCCUGCCUUCCCCAAGGGACCUGCUCAGACAGGCUCCCAGCACAAAGCACUACAUCCUUUUUUCUCUGUGUCCAGGGCCAUGUUUGAUGGGUACUGGUUUUGCACCACAAAUAAAGCCCCACUGGCUGUACUUCUCACAAAUUUGAGAUGUUUCUUGCCUUUGGGUCUUAUUCUUUGA